AACAGUUGGGGGCAACACGGAGAGAAAUCAGGAGGAGACUUGAGGAGAGAGAGAAGAAAAUGAAGGAGAUGAGAAAUGUGGUGGAGCAGAUAAAAAUAUCUGUGGAAAGAGAGGUAAAGGAAAAUGAGAAAAGCUUCAUUGAUCUGAUCCACUGCAUUGAAGAAGCUCAGAAGAACUUGUUUGAGAGGAUGAGAGAACAAGAAAAGAGAGAAAUAGAGAAGGCUGAAAGAGUCAUGGAACAACUAGAGAAGGAGAUUGAGGAGCUGAAGAAGAGAGACACUGAGCUGAAGGAGCUUUUUGACAACAAGGAUCACGUCCACUUCAUGCAGACUUUCUCAUCUCACUGUGUCCUUCCUGCUGAUGGAGACUCGCUCAGCUUCACUGUCACUGCUGAUUUCUCUUCUGAGGACCUGAGAAAUGAGCUGUCAUGUCUGAAAAAGAGUUUGGAGAAGAUCAGCCAGUGGGACAUCAAGACAUGGAGUCCAUCAGGAAAGAAGCUCUUAGAGGAGAUUGACACCAGAAACGAGCCACCUCUCUUUGACCUUCGUACUAAAGAUCUCCAUGAGACACACAGACAGGCUGUGUCUGAAUCCACAAGGACUGUGGAGGCUCAGGCUUCUCCUGGAGAUCCACACACCACAGCUGUGGGCUUUGAGACUCGAUACACAGAGUUGGUGGCCAUUGAACAGGACCCUAGAAACCAUAAGGAGACUGAACAUGAACUUAUGAAAACUGGGAGGAUCCAUGAAGAGCUCAUGAAGAAAGGAGCAGCAGAGAAAUGUGAGCGAAUCUGGAUUGAGCAGCUGUUUAGAAGAAGGCCUGUAAGUGUAAAUCCAGUCAACAUCAUAGUGGUCAGUGGGAUGGCCGGAAUAGGGAAGACCACCAUGGUUCAGAAGAUCAUGUAUGACUGGGCCAGAGGCACUCAGUACCAGAGGUUUGCUUUUGUGUUCCUGUUUAAAUUCAGAGAGCUUAACCUCUUAGACAAUGAGAAUGAGACACAAAUGUCACUGACCAAACUGAUUGAAAGGCACUAUAAAUAUCUCAGUAAUGAUCCACUGAAAGACGUUCUGAAGAAUCCUGAAACUCUCCUGUUUAUAUUCGAUGGGCUGGAUGAGUACAAACACAAACUGGACUUCACCCAGAGUCAGCUCUGCUCAAACCCAGACGUUGAGGUGCCUGUCCACAUCCUGGUCACCAGUCUGGUCAGUCGGACAUUACUGAAGGGCUGUUCAGUCCUGAUAACAAGCAGACCAACAGCCCUGGAAGCCAUGGACAUGGAAAGAGUCGAUCAGUUUGUAGAGAUCCUGGGGUUCUUCCCUGAUCAAAGGCUGAUGUACUGUAAGAAGUUCUUUGGUGUCACUGCACUGGCUGCUGAGGCUUUUCAGUAUGUCAAGAAGAACACCAUCCUGUACUCAAUGUGCUUCAUCCCCUCGUACUGCUGGAUGAUCUGCUCUGUGUUGAAGAGCCACUUCAUGACACCUGAAACAGCCAAAAGUGAAGCUCUGCAAGUAGGUCAGUGGCUCUGUGAGGCUCAGAAUAAGGAGUUAAUUAGAGACACCAUUGGAGAGGAUUUAAAGAUGAACUUUAGAAACACGACUUUAUCUGCUGUGGACUGUGCUGUGCUGGCCGCUGUCAUCAGCUGCUGUGGAGAACUUAAAGAACUUAACCUGUCAUUCACACCUCUGACCACCGAGUGCAUCAAGAGACUGGAGCCGGGGCUCAGCUGCUGCAGUAAAGUCUGGUGAGUGAUGCGACUUUGACGAGUUUUAUCUGUCAGUAAUGGCACUUUGUGUCAGGGCACUGAGCUCCACUGUCAUAGGACCUUCUAAUAAGCCCCACCUACUCAACAGGAAGUGAGGUCAACCGCUAAUGACAUGAUAAUUAUGCCAUCUUAUUCUUGAUGAUCCUUUACAACUCGUCUGAACAAUCCAGACCUCACGCUGUCAUAUCUGUUUCAAACUCUUACAGUCAUU